CUACAUUCACUACACUCCUGACCUGGAUCGAAUCCAACAAACCACUCGUUUCAAUCAACAGCACAAGCUAGAAGCUAUUGACUGAUCUUCCGAUUCAAAUUCAUAAAUACAAAAUGAGUGAAGACAUUCACUAUUUGCAGGAAAUCAGGGACACACCUCGACUACAGCCGUACAUCAAGCAAGGAGUGGUAUCCACGGGAAGACAGCUUGGAAGCGGAGCAUUUGGUUAUGUUGUCGAGCUCCAGUUUUACGGAGCAGCUUGUGCAGGUAAGAAAAUACAUGAGACGUUUCUUGAUCCACUAAACAAAGGUAUCCAACAUAUCGUUGACAAAUUCCUCACUGAGUGUGAGCUAAUGUCACAAAUGCAUCACCCAAACAUAGUUCACUUUUAUGGCCUUGCUUUUCUUGACGAUAGCUUUAGUCCUGUUCUCGUAAUGGAACGACUCGACAAAAGUCUUGACGAUUUUUUGGAGACAAUUCCUGCAAAGGAAGUUUCAUUGUUUUUACGGCUGUCUAUUCUCUAUGAUGUUGCAAAAGGCCUCGUCUUUUUGCACUCCUAUCAACCACCGAUCAUACAUCGUGACCUCACUGCACAAAACAUCCUCCUCACAUCUACAACGCAAGCAAAAAUUGCAGAUCUUGGAAACUUUCACAUCAUCGACCCAGAAACUGUUGCUAGACAUCUCAGCCAAACUCCAGGCACACUUGAUUACAUGCCACCGGAAGCCAAUGGUGCCCCAGCCAUAUACGACACUGGCCUCGAUAUAUUUUCUUUUGGCCACAUGUCUCUUUUUGUUUUUGGUCAUCAAUUUCCAAGUCCUCUCCUGCACUCGACUUACAGCGAUCCAAACAGCCACCCUCCGAACAAACUGUGUGCAAGAAGUGAAGUGGAGCGUAGAAUUACGUACUUUGAAGAAAUAGAAAAAAUGAAAGCAAUUCCUUCCGAAGUGAUUGGAAUGGUAAAGCUCUGCUUAGAUAACAUGCCAGAGUGUAGACCAACAUCCAAGAAAAUGUCUGAAAUGCUGAGCUCAGCUAUGCACCAGGAAGAUCAAAAGGCAGCGUUUUUAGAGCAGGCUGCUUCAUUGCAUGAGACUUCAAAGGAGAACGCAAUGAAAAAACUAAGCAUGUCAAUAGAACAACCCCCUUCAAUUACAGGUGCAAGUAUUCAACUAACUAAAAUCAUGGGUGGCUCACACUUUGUGAUGGAGAUGCAGAUAUGCCAUGGGAAGAAAAAGAAUCAAUGCAGCAAGCGUUGUGUUCUCCACCUUGAAGAUGGAAAACUGAAAUAUCAAAAGUGGUCUGAAAAAAAAGUCAAAGAGCUGAAUUUGGAAAGUGUUAAUUCUGUUGAACCAGUUUAUAAAGUACCACAGUUCCGCUUUGCUGUGCAUUUCAUGCACAAAAAAAAGAAACAAACUUGGUAUUUCAAAGCAGAUACAGAGGAAGAGCGUGAUUGCUGGGUCACUGCUUUAGGGAUAUUCAUAAAUCCAUCUCAGCCUGAUCUUGCCUACGAGAUUGUUGAGCCAUUCCCUCAAACACCACGUGCACAGAGAAGAGAAAAGUCACAUCCUUUACCCUCACUACCUUUGCGGUCAAGAUCGAGUGAAACAGAACUGCCUCGAGUGUACACUGAAGCGGAUGCAGCUUUGCACCAGAAAGCACAGAAGGUAGCAUUUUCAAGGCAGACUGCUUCACUGCAUAAGACAUCAGAGGGAAAUUAUGAGCAGUUUAAGCCACACUAUCACAGAACAGUUAUACACACACAAGAAAACCCGUCCUACAACAUGCUAAGCACAAAGCCUCAAAUGCAAGGUGCCAUGUCUGCUAUAGGGAAUAUAAAGCAAGAUUCCUUAACAGCCAGUUCAGUAAGCCAAGGACAAAUGCUGUUUUCGUCAAAAAAGGCGAAGAAAAUAUCUCUACAAGAAUUCAAAUAUUUUGGCAAUACAUCAGAGGUCUAUGAUGAUGUAGCAUCAAGGGAUUAUGAUGAUGUAGAUCUAGCAUCAGAGGAGCAUGAUGAUGUAGCAUCUGAAAACUAUGAUGAUGUAGUAUCAGAGGACUACGAGGAUGUAGAUCUUAGACUAGCAUCAGAGGAGUAUGAUGAUGUAGCAUCAGAAAACUACGAUGAUGUAGCAUCAGAGAACUGUGAUGAUGUAGAUCUAGCAUCAGAGGAGUAUGAUGAUGUAGAAUCAGAAAACUACAAUGAUGUAGUAUCAGAGGACUGUGAUGAUGUAGAUCUAGCAUCAGAGGAGUGUGAUGACAUAGCUAAUACAUCAAAAUGUAUUCAGAAAACCGACAUAGAUCUAGAUCUAGAUGAUAAUUAUGACGAAAUUUGUAGAUUUAGGUAUAUAAACAUCACCAGUAAGAAGGAGUCUACUGCCGGUACAAUAACAUCACGCUCUACUGAAGUUCAAAUCCAAGAAGAGCAAACAACACCAGUAGGAGGUGGAACUCCAUUGCCUGGUCUGUACGGUGGUAAUGAGAUUAUGAGAGUCAGGUCAUCUUCACUUAUACAAGGCAGCUGUGAGGAGACAACCACUACUCUUGAGGUUGAGAUGUCAAUGUUUCAAGACCUUUCUAAUAUGAAAAUAAUUGCAAAAGGUGAGUUUGGAGAUGUUUUCUGUGGCAAGCUCCAGAACUUGACGGGAGAAAUGAUAGACGUGGCGGUGAAGAGAGUUAAAUGUGAGAACGAGAAAGAGAACAACAACUUUGAGAGGAAGAUGGCCGCUUCUGCCAAUUCUAGCAUGAAGCAUCCCAACAUUGUCCGCUUUUAUGGAAUUAUUAAAAAAGAGAAUUGGAUCGUGAUGGAAUACAUGCCUCUUGGAGACUUGAAGACAUUUCUAAUGAAAAACACUCGACCAGUGAGGCAGCUGAUGAAGUACAUGCUAGACAUAGCAAUGGGCAUGGCUUUUCUUUCAGAGAGAGGUUUGAUUCACAGGAAUCUGGUCGCUAGACAUAUACUAAUGGCCUCUGGUGGUGAGAAUUGCAAAGUAUCUGACUUUGGUCUACUCCGUCAACUCCCAGAUGACAUGAAUUACUAUAUCGAGAGAAGUAAUGGAAUAUGUCCAAUUCGUUGGAUGGCACCAGAGAGUUUAGGUGAAAAGAAAUUCUCAUUCGCUUCAGAUGUCUGGAGCUAUGGCAUAGUCGCCUGGGAAAUUUUCAAUCCACACUGCGUACCAUUCGAAGAGUACGAUAACGUUCAAACGGUCAUCAAAAUUUCGCGUGGGGAUAGAUUGAAAAUCCCCACACACUGCCCGGAAGAAAUUGAAAUAAUAAUGCAAUCCUGCUGGAAAGAAAAGCCCAUGGAUAGACCAACCUUUAGUCAGCUUGCUACUUUGCUAGCACACAAAAUUCAUGCAUUUUAGUAUAUAGCUAUAUAGAUAGUGAGUGUGAUAUUAUUUUGUGGGACAACGUGUGGUUAUAGUAACAUUAUGUAACUAAACUAUGAUAUCCGCUAAUGUGAGUGUUACAGUUUUAGGAUGCAUGAAGAGCAAUAUAUCGCUAUAGUGAGCGGUUUUCUUCCAUGCAUACAGCAUUUUUUUAGAGUGAGUAAGUACAUGAUCUAUGUAGAUAAUCGAGAUGGACAGCAGUGUACGCAGUCAUCUGCAGCUGAUCAAAGAGUUCCCUCAAUUGCAGCAACCCGUUAAAUUUAACAGUAUAGCUUAGUAGACCAAACUUUCCUGCAUUAGGUGUACUUUUGUUUGACACCAUAAUCACAUGUAAAAGUAAGAGUAACUAUGCUGCAUGAAUCUAGAUGAUUGAAUGUGUAAUGAUAUUGUAAGGGGUACUUGAUACAGGUCCAAUAUUGGAAGGCAGUUGUUGAGCUCCAGCUUUACGGAGCAGCUUGUGCAGGGAAGAAGAUACAUGAGACAUUUCUUGACCCGCUAAACAAAGGUGUCCAACAUAUCGUUGACCAAUUCAUCGCUGAGUGUGAGCUAAUGUCACAA